AUGCCUGAUGAGGCGACUGCUGUUCUACACCAUUCGAUACAGACUCUGCGAGAAGAAUCCUAUUCCUGCUCAUCUCAGCAUGCCGUCGUUCAAUAUUUCAUCGUCUUUAAACAGCAUUGUUCAACACAGCUGUCUAAGGAAGUAGCUCGACGUUUCUUUGGGAGUGUCUGCAUUAUACUGGAGGCGCUGCUUGAUGAAAUCAAGUUCAGUCAAGGUGACUUGCCAUACAACCUGGAGACAUAUAUGAGCAUACGUCGACGGACGAUCGGGAUGCCCCCGUUUUUCACCCUCGCCAGGAGCAUACUCGAAACAAAAGACCACCAGUGGUCGCCAGAAAUACUAGAGAUGGAGAGCCAUGCUUGCGCCAUACUUGGUCUCCAAAAUGACCUUGUUGGCCUGGAGAAGGACAUCCGAGCAAAGGAGAAAAUGAAUGCAGUUUUUGUGAAUGUUGCACAGAUCGCGGGUCAGACGAUAUAUGCAGGGAACGAUACCACUCUGCAGGCUGCCACGAACAAUAUCUGUGCUUUGCAUAACCACCUCAUGGGGCGUGUGUUGGAAAGACAUGCAAAUAUUCAGCAGAGGGCUAUUGGGACGCCCAGGAAUGCCCUCGAGUGCAGGGUUGCGGACAUGCAGCUUAUGGCUACUGAAACACAUCUGAAGUGGUGCACAAUGGCAAAGAGAUAUAACUUGAUUCCGGAGCUACACAUGAUUUAA